CCACAAAGGAGUACAAACAAACCUCCAACCUUUCCUGUUUUUGCAUUAGAAAUCUAAAUUCUUGGGAUGUUCAAGAUGGCUCCUCCUAUUGCUCUCUUUGUUUUCUUCCUUCUUGCUCAUUCUGUGCUUCCAAAACGUCCACCAUUCCUUUGUGAAAAUAACAAUGGUAUUAUCAACUCUCAAUGUGGGGAGCUCAAAGUGAAAUGUUCAGAAAAUAACCAGAAGAUCCAAUUGAAAAGAGGAGGGCACUGGUUUAGAAUUGAGGACAUUCCCUCUCAGUCACAGCCACAUUCUAUAACUUCUAUUGUUAUCAAGGAUGAAGUAGCACCACCAGAAUUAUUCGAUCCUUGUAAAUUGAUCGACAAGUACUCCCUUCCCACCCCUACUGAUUCAUCACAUUUCUCUUCCUAUAACUAUACAGCUGACAACACAUCAACACUUCACAAAUGCAGCCACAAAAAUCAUCAUGAAUUUCCCUCGAAAUAUUUCACUCCAAUUAUAUGCAGAGAGGAUGAUUUCUACUGCAAACCUCCAAACACGAUGAGUUUUCCAUUCGAACAACAAUGUCAAAAUAUCACACUUCCAUUUUCAUUUCCAGCUCCAACUCAUCAUGAUCCUCUAACUCCACUUUCUAUUAGCUUCACUUUGCAUAUAAGCCCUGCUUGUUUUGGAUGUGACAUGGGACCAGGGAAAUGCCCCAACACUCCCCAAAAUCCAUUUCAGCUUCCUCCGCCCACGCCAGAAGGACAAAAGAAGAAAACGCCAACGUUAGGACUAGGACUAGGACUACUAGGACUUGGGUUCAGUUUUGGAGUUCUUUUUACUAUAAUCGGUUUGGCAAUCAUUAUCUGGCGUAGGAAACAAAAAUGUGCUGCUUCAAGGAACAUGGCUGAUCCAGAGGGGACUAGUAGUGGCUAUCUUGGGGUCCUUGUCUUUUCCUACAAAGAUCUCACCGAAGCCACAGAUAAUUUCAAUGCUGAAAAAAUACUUGGACAUGGAAGUUCUGGAACUGUUUACCAUGGCAAACUCAAAGAUGGGAGGGAAGUAGCAGUGAAGCGCUUAUCCGAGCACAACUAUAAAAUAGUACAAGAACAAUUUCUAAACGAGAUUGAAAUUCUCACCCGCUUGCGUCACAAAAACCUGGUUUCUCUCUAUGGCUGCACUUCACGCCAUUGCCAGGAACUCCUCCUCGUCUACGAGUACAUCCCCAAUGGCACAGUUGCAGAUCAUCUCCACGGAGAUCGUGCCAAAACCAGCCCCCUAACCUGGCCAAUCCGUCUGAGCAUCGCCAUUGAAACCGCAAGAGCUCUGGCCUACGUCCACGCUUCCCACAUAGUCCACUGUCAUGUCAAGACCAAUAACAUUCUCCUAGACAACAACUUCCAUGUCAAAGUUACAGAUUUUCGCCUAUCACAGCUAUUACCCAAUCUCACUCAAGUCUCAGCUACUCCACCAGGGACCCCAGCCAACGUUGAUCCUGAAAAUCUCCAAUGUUAUCAGCUGACUACUAAAAGUGAUGUUUAUAGCUUUGGAGUAGUUCUGGUCGAGCUCUUAUCAUCCAUGCCUGCGGUUUGUACAACAAGAUAUGGGCAUGUGAUUAGUCUCUCUAUCUUAGCAAUAAGCAAGAUUAAAAAACGAGCUUACAAUGAGUUGAUUGAUCAGGGUCUUGGGUUUGCUUCAGAUACAAAAGUUAAAAUGACGACAAUUGCAGUAGCAGAGUUGGCUUUUGAGUGCUUGCAACGAGAUAAGGAAAUGAGGCCUACGAUGGAUGAAGUUUUGGAGAGACUGACGAGAAUCGAAGAUGGGAAAAUUGAGUGAGACUCGAGUUGUUGAUGGUUCUGGGUUGAAUAUGGGUAUAGUACUGGACAGCCACCACCACCAUCACCAUGUUCGCCUGAUUGUGAUGAGGUUUGUUAUGCUGUGACUAAGAACUAUAGCUCAGUAGUACGUCUACCAUGCCUAAUUUCAGUGAAUAAAAAUCAAUUCUAAUCAAAUUUGUGCUAUGUAUGUGAAUGUAAUGAGUGAGUAUGUGAUGGGUUGAAAUUUACUUUUGUUUUUCUCAUAUGUUUGUUUCAUUGUUUUUCUCAGUUUAUGGUUCGUGAUUAAAUAAUUCAACGCACAUAAAAUUUGUAGAAAGUUAUGAGAUUUAUACGUUUAUAAAGGAGUGAUUUAUUUAUUAA